AUGGGGGAGGACCGUGCUGUCAAGAAAGCCAAACAAUAUGAACCUGGGGAGCUCCAAGAGGGUGAUGUCGAAUAUAUAAACAAAAUAAACCAGCAGACCCUGGCGAAUGAGAUUCAAGUCUUUGAACGCCUGGGCAGAUUUGAGGGGAUUAUUCCAUUUUUUCAAACAUCACAAUAUGGGAUUGAGCUAGCCCUUGCACAAGGAGAUCUUGAGUCGUACCUAGAGACCUACCCAGAGCCCGAGGAUUGUCUGAAAACUAGCUGGAUGUUGAGCCUUAUUAACACUUUCGCACAUGUCCACUCUCACAAUGUAUUUGUGGAUGAGAUUGCUCUGCGCAAUAUUUUGAUACUGGAUGAGCAACCUAAACUUGCAGAUUUCGGACAAUCUAUUUUAUUACCACCUGAUAUCGACAUCACUUCUGCAAAUGAAAAUGACUUGAAUGUUCGGAUUGAGAUACUUCAUGUUGGUUGGCUUCUUUAUUCUAUUGCAUCAUGGCAUGUCUAUAAUUACUAUUUCUUCAGCCCCGAGAAUCCUGACCUCUGUUGGCCUGAAGCGGGUUCAUUUCCAGACGUUGAUGAUUUUCAAUGGGGUAAAAUAAUCAAGAAGUGUUGGCACGGCGAAUACACGAGUAUGGAUGCUGUGAGAGAUGAGGCUGAUCAAUUGCUCUCGCAACUAGGGGCGUGCGACUAG